CGAUGCCGAUCCCGGUGAUUGAUGCUUGUCUUUCCGCCCACUGUACGGCGCGCACGACGAGAUACUGCGGUACGCUGACCUUUCAGUUGCCACUAUACACGACGCAGGCUUUGCCUUCUGCGUGCGAUCCUUUGGCCAACGCUAUUGUCUUUCGGGACCGGCGUUGUUAUGGAAGCUUCGCCUCACCAUGGUUUAUGCUUCGUCGAACGCCGCGCUUAUUGUCUUCGUGUGUGUCCGGCCUGACGACACUGCGAUGCUACUCUUCCGAACGAUGAGUAUAAGGACGAGUAGGGCGCCAAAGCGAAUUCGUCUUCCGUCCUUCCCCUCUGAACGUAUCUGCGAUAAUGUCUAACGCAUCCUACUGUCCUCACGGUGCCAAUACGCACGGCCGGCCUGCCGUCGAAGGGCAGCCAUAUCUUGCUUCCUCGCAGCCAGCACCUCGAGAGGAUUUCAUCGAUUGGCAGACAUGGCGAGACCCCAACGCACCGAUCCCGGAGACUGCGCCGUGGCUCAAGUAUUCUGGUCCUGAUCCGCCUACGGCGGACGACUUGCGCAAAGCGCUGUUCAUCCCUCCCUUCUCUCCCCCUCCUGAGCAUUGGCGCGCCCUUAUUCCCCUGGAUCCCAUCCCGGACGAGGACGGCUCGUACACGCAUCCGAUCAACCAGCUUCCCGUCGAGCUGCUAUCCUAUAUCUUCACGCGGUGCUUGGACCUAGAGGCGAGCAACCUAGCUCACGCUGAAGUCGACUCCAACUUCAUCUCCCUGCUCAUCUCUCGCGUAUGCCGGCGCUGGCGCCUGAUCGCGCUGGACACACCCUUUCUAUGGCAGCACUUCCUCAUGGCGCCCUGCAAGAAUCGGUCCCACUAUGCGAUCGCGCGCCUGUUCCUGAAGCGGACGAAGGGCAUGGGGAUGCACAUUCGCUACGCAGAGAACACACUCCGCGGCGCGCGCACCGGGUCCUGCCCUUGCGCCCUCGACUUCAUCAUCAGAAACAUCUCUCAGAUCGUAGCCCUGGAGCUCGAUGGACCUAGGGAGUCCACCGUUGCGCGCUUGACCUCUGUGCGCCGAGGCUUGACUUCAAUGAUGAAGCGCUUCACUCUUACUACCGAAUCUCCCAACAUGGAUCCCAUGCUCGCGCGUGGGCUCCACUCGAUAUUCCUCCAGAGCGGCCUGCGCGACAUCGAUUGGGGGCUUGCUACCUUCGUACCCGAAGAGAUCAACUGGUCGAAGCUGCACUGUUUGUCGCUCGGGCAUUGCCCCAUCGAGCAGCAUACGCUGCUGCGUAUCGUGCUCAGUGCGCCUGUCCUUCAAGAAGCCUAUGUAGAGGUGGCGAGAGUAUCGGGUCCGGCGAGGCGGUUCACGCCCGUUCACGCGAAUUCGUUGAACAGCCUCACGAUAGAGGGAGAGGGGCCUCAGGACCAGCUGCUUCAAGCCCUCUAUCUUCCCGGUCUGCGCUUCUUCACUCUGCGACCUUCUACGACACUCCCCUAUGAUGUUGCAAGUAACAGCCGCGGUUGGCCAUUGCUCGACAUCGAGGUCCUUUAUGAUUUCCUCGGUCGUAUUCAGGGGAGCCUCGAGCGCUUUAUCCUGCUGUAUGGCGGGGAGAUCUUCAACGAGGCUGCCCUCAUCAAUAUCAUUGGCAUGGCACAGCUCAGGGAGCUCAUAGUCCUGCACGUCACCGACGUCCAUGGAAAUGUGAGCGAUGCCUUCUUCUCCCGGCUUAAUCAGGGCGAUAAGAAGGCGCCAUUACUUCCCUGCCUCGAGAGGCUUGCGCUGACAGAUUGUCUGACAACGGACGGUGUCAUCUCGCGUAUGCUAGAGCUCCGCCGCAUUCAAGGAUAUCCUAUUCCCACCGUUGUUCUCGGUUAUCCCACCGGAUACCGCCGGCCCCACCCGAAGGACUGUGCCACGUUCGCGAAGCUCAGAGAAAUCGGUUGGUAUAUCGCUUGGGAGGAAGGUUUGUAGAAUAGAGAGAAUUCACGAACGCACUUCAUCCAUAGCUAUUACAUGUACUAUGCGUAUAUCAGACGUUCAGCGUAUGUACGGUGUUCAUCGUCAACUUCGGUGCAAGCGGGUAUCUCUAACCUGGAAGGUCCAGGCGGCAUUCCGGAGAAGUGCACCAACGCGUGUGCCCAAGUGACCCUCCAGACGCGAGCUCCUCAACGCAUAGACAGGAUGAUUGGGACUGAUGCACACAAUCCCGCUAUGAAUAAUGCGAAUGGCGUUGACAAAAAGCCUGAUAUAUGCCCCCCUGUCGUGCAUGAAUCGCGGACCACAGCCAAUAGCGUAGUAUACUUCGAGAUGCUUCAAAUUUGCAGUGCGAAGGGAAUCCAGCAGAUUCGCCAGCCACGCCUCGUUAUUGUGGACGUGGAAGGACUCGAGGAAUCGCACUUCCAGCUUUGGGAACUUUCGCCCGCUGUCG